CGCGCGCAGAUUCAACAACCAACAUUUUGCCCAUUUCCUUUCGUCCUACCCAGCACUUUUCAGCCUGACCCAGGUGCCUUAUUCAUGUCUGCCUGUUACCUUUGAUGCUUUUCUCUUCUUUCUCCAACCUGUGUCUUCGCUCCUUCAGACUUCCCGCCUUCUCUCGCUCCUUCGCCCGUCUUCCCACGCCUGGCCGUCCCCUCAUUAUGGACGGGGUUCGAGCCAAAAUGUCGUCUCUAACGCCUUUCGCCAAAAAGCACAAGGUCACGGUGAUUGGCUCUGGCAAUUGGGGCUCGACCAUUGCGAAGCUCGUCGCAGAGAACACGGCGGAGCACCCCGAACUCUUUGAGCGAGACGUGCAAAUGUGGGUAUACGAGGAAGAGGUUCAGCUCGACAAGAAGUCAAAACACUACGACGAGAAUUCCCCUCUCAGCAAAGGUCCUCAGAAGCUCACGACCCUCAUCAACACCUUCCACGAGAAUGUCAAAUAUCUCCCAGGCAUUGCUCUUCCCCACAAUGUCAUCGCCAAUCCUUCCCUGACCGACGCGGUCAAGAACUCCAGCGUUCUCAUCUUCAACCUUCCCCACCAGUUCAUCUUGAACUUAUGCAAACAACUCCGCGGCCACAUUUUGCCCUUCUCACGGGGAAUCUCCUGUAUAAAAGGGGUCAAUGUCCACGAGUCAUCUAUCAGUUUAUUCUCCGAGACAAUUGGUGAGGAGCUAGGGAUCUACUGCGGCGCCUUGUCCGGAGCCAACAUUGCCAAUGAAGUCGCGCAAGAGAAGUUCUCCGAGACCACGAUUGCUUAUGAUCCCCCGCCAAUGGACUCACAGUCUCCCACGCCGGCGGCUUCUCAAGGCUCUAGUCCAGUCUCGAGUCAGGUAGAUUUGACCAAACUUGUCCACAAAGAUGUGUCGGGAAAACCUUCAAAGGUGGUGCUCCGGCCGUUGCCUUCUGAGUACCACCCUUUUGACCACACCACGAUCAAAAAGCUUUUCCACCGGAAGUAUUUCCACGUUCGGGUGGUGUCCGACGUUGCGGGCGUUUCACUUGGUGGCGCCCUGAAAAACGUUGUCGCGGUGGCGGCUGGGUGGGUUGAUGGACUGGGAUGGGGAGACAAUGCCAAAGCAGCCGUCAUGAGAGUUGGACUACUUGAGAUGAGGGAGUUUGGCAACAGAUUUUUUCCCCACACUGUCCACCCAGACACUUUCACCGUUGAGUCGGCUGGCGUCGCCGAUUUGAUCACCACCUGCUCUGGUGGCCGAAACCACAAGUGCGCCAUGCUGAGUAUCCGAGAAGGGAAGCCUAUUGAGGAAAUCGAGGCCAGAGAGCUGAAUGGACAGAAGCUACAAGGAGCCUUGACCGCGGUCGAGGUCCACACUUUUCUGAAGAGCCAAGGCAUGGAGAAGGAUUUUCCGCUUUUCACGGCAGUGUACAACGUUCUGCAAGGUAAUGAGAAGGCGGAGAAUCUACCAGAUCUGAUUGAGCCUGAAGACGAGUAAGUUGGACACAAUGAUUUCCGGUUGCAACUUUAUUUUGCCAUGCCAUUCCCAAUGAGGUCGGUUUCCGCUGGCGACUUGCGACAGUCACUGCCGUCAGCAUGAUGCGUGAUGGUCGGAGAUAGCAGCACGAGUUGAUGAGUGCUUGAGUGGUCGUGCUGCAGCAUCGGGAAUACAUAUUCUGGACGGUUGAGGAGCACGAUGGUGACGCGCAAACAGAAGCAGUCAACGUCAAUGAACGAAUUUCUUUUUCCAA